UUUUUUUUUAACACCUAUACUCAGCAAAAAGCAAUGGAACUCUUGUCAAAUUUCCAGAAGCGAGAACUUGUUGCGGAGGAAAUCCUCACCAACAAAGAACUGAUCGUUGACUAUGACAGGAGGAGGAACAGUAAUCGGGAGGCAUUGACGAAACUAAAGAAGGAUCUUGUACAAGAAAAGAAAGUCUGGGUCAAUCUAGGAGACCUGUUCGUCAAGUUGCCCAAAGAAAAUGUCGAGACCAUGAUCAAGAAAGAUCAAGUGACAUUGGACGCAGAGAUUUCAGACAUUCGGGAGACCAUGAAGGAAAAAGUCGUCGAACUGGAAAAGCUCGAGGGAGGCGACGGAUCAAAAGCAAGGGCCUUCCAGCUCAAAGGGAUGAACAAGUAAAUAAGAAAUAAAAAGAAAAUAUGCAAAAAAGAAAAAAAAAAAAAAAACUUUUGAACCCCAAUUACUGCAGCAUGGG